CUCUCCACCUUCUCCUCCUCCCCCUUCGCGUUGCGCACAUGCAUUCAGUGUGCUCACGCUCACUCGUGGCCGCGGCUCGUCGCACUGCUCGUCCGACGUCAUCCGCGCUACUCGGGAGGAAAUCCCUCCAGCUUCGUUCUCGAAAUUUUUCCUCAUCGCUGCGCCUGCUUGCCGACGCUAGGCCCAUUACUGCAUCUACGACAGCACCACCAACACCCCCUCCGCCUCAGACGAACGGCAAUGGCAAUGGCAAGAACACAAAAUGGCGAUCGUUCCUUCAAACAGUUGGACGCAUCACCGUCGUGACCCUUGUUACCACAACUGGUAUCUUUGUAUACCUUGCUCGUAAAGAUAAGCAUCCCGGUGAACAACUCCCAUUUGACGAGUCAAAGAAGACAGUUGUCGUACUUGGAAGUGGUUGGGGUGCGACAAGCUUCAUAAGGUCACUGGAUACAGAGGAUUAUAAUGUGAUUGUCGUGAGCCCCAAAAAUUACUUCCUCUUCACUCCCCUUCUGCCUUCCGUUGCUGUCGGAACUAUCAGCCCACGUUCAAUUGUCCAACCGACGCGCUAUAUCACGCGUCACAAGAAACGCAUCGUCUCCGUCGUCGAGGCUGACGCGCAAGACGUCGAUCCCGUCAAGAAGACUGUCAAGGUCUCUGACACAUCCGAGAUCCGCGGUAAAAUCUCUACACGCGAGAUUCCAUACGACUACCUUGUCGUGUCUGUUGGCGCCGAGGUACAGACCUUCGGAAUUCCCGGAGUGAAAGAACAUGCGUGCUUUAUGAAGGAAUUGCACGAUGCCGAGGAGGCACAGCGGCGCUUCAUGGAUUGCAUGGAGACAGCUGCAUUCCCAGGACAGAGUCCUGAGGAGAUUGCGCGGCUCUUGCAUGUCGUGGUCGUUGGUGGUGGGCCAACUGGCGUUGAGCUUUCUGGAGAACUGCAUGAUUUCCUUGAAGACGAUUUACGUGCAUGGUAUCCCGAACUAGCAGGCAACGUACGCAUCACACUUGUCGAAGCACUCCCAAGUGUACUGCCCAUGUUCAGCAAGCAACUCAUCGACUAUACCGAAUCUACAUUCAAGGAUGCUAAAAUUGACAUUCUCACCAAGACCAUGGUUAAGGGCGUCAAGGAGCAAACUGUACUCCUCCAGAUGCCCGAUAAGACACUUCAGGAAAUGCCAUAUGGGAUGCUCGUCUGGGCAGGUGGGAACAAAGCGCGUAAAGUAUCUUUGGACUUGAUGGCCAAGUUCCCCGAGGCGCAGACGAACAAACGCGGACUUUCAAUAGACGAUUAUCUCGUGAUGAAAGGUUCGAAGGGAGAUAUCUUUGCGAUUGGAGACUGUACGGCGAGUGCGUACGCCCCGACCGCACAGGUUGCGAGCCAGCAGGGCGCUUACCUUGCACGCGCGUUCAAGCAGAUGGCGAAGCGUGAUACACUUGAGGCGCAGCUUAGUGAGGUGAAGGCGCGGGCACAGGCAGAAGAAGGUGCGGAAGAAGUGACUAGAAUGGAGAAACAGUUGGAAAAAGCGAAGAAAAUCAGACCGUUCCACUACUCUCAUCAGGGGUCAUUGGCUUAUAUCGGAUCGGAGAAAGCCAUUGCAGACUUGUCAUUUUUCAAUGGAAAUAUCGCUUCUGGUGGUGUUGCGACUUAUCUCUUCUGGCGAAGUGUAUACCUCAGCACUCUCUUUUCGUUGCGAAACCGUGCGUUGGUUGCCAAUGAUUGGUUGAAAGUGACGCUCUUCGGGCGGGACGUGAGCCGAGACUAAGCGGAGUGAUUCCACUCACAAAUGAUCGAAUGAGCGAAGUGAUGAAUUUUUCCUGCUAGAGCUCCGACCGGUUGUCCAACUUCAAUACGGCUACGAAUAGAUUACAGAUAGACAGACAUUCAAAUCUACUUUACACAUACGAGUUUAUAUUUAUUGAUUCUCUGGUGUCUCUUUCGUUCUCAACCCUUCACCUUCGCACUCUUGAGCCACUUUCGUUCCUUAUAGAUGUCCAUUUUUUUCUCUACUUCAUGGUCUCGUGUCAGUCCUCUCCUCGCCAUCUCCCUCGUACUUCAGUAUCGUUUUCGCGAAUGCUAUACAGUCGACUUGGGCUGAGAUCCUGUAGUAAGGCAGCCUUUGAGGUGAAGUAGACUGCGUUGCUCAGUUCAUUAGGUACACAUAAAUGCAUGAAACAAAAGAC